AUGGCAACUGAUGACCAGGAGCGGGACCGUUGCUGUUUCCUGAAAUGGAUGAACCUCCAAGAACAAGAACUCUCCGAACUCCACCAAACCCUAACCCUACACUGCCCCAACAAUGAAAAUGAAGACAACUUUAGCCUACUCGCACAAAAGUGCAUCGAGCACUACCAAGACUACGCUGACAAGCGAAGCCAACUUGCCCACAACGACGUUUCUGCCUUCUUUGCUCCUGCCUGGUGCACCAACUGGGAAAAUUCUCUGCUUUGGCUCGCCUGCUGCAGACCUUCCCAGUAUAUCCGACUCGUUUAUGCCCUAUGUGGGUUGGAGAUUGAGGUUCAUCUAAGCGAGUUCCUCCAGGGCACGAGCAGCUCUAGUGCCAAUCUCGGCUACCUCUCUUCCAAACAGCUUCACCCAAUUGACAUGUUACAAGGGAAGACGCUAAGGUCCUAG